AUGCGCCCAGAAAGAAGCUUAAAUCAGAAAUCUGGCAUAUUCAAAGCUGAAAAUGAUGCAAAGUAUGAGAUUGAGAAGGAGAAAUUUCGUAUCAGAUUGAGAAGGAGAAAUUUCGAUUCAUUUCUUCUUGGCCAUUUUCAGUUAAUUGGUGCUGGAAUCAAUACUGAACGGGGCUUGUUGAUGGCACGUAUCUCAGAGGAUACUGGUGAAGAGACUCCCUUGAAGGUUUCAUCUCAACUCUCGGUACGAUUGAAGAAACUUGCAACUUUUAUUGGCAUUGUUGGGCUUGUUGUAGCUCUUUUUGUGCUUGGCAUCCUUUUGGGCCGUAAAUUUGUUCGAUUCUUCACUGGAAAUACAAAAAAUCCAGAUGGAAGUUUUCAGUUUAUCAAAGGCGAGACAUCGGUUAGAAUUGUGGUUGUUGCUGUUCCUGUGGGACUUUUAUUGUUUGUUACCUUGAUUGUGGCAUAUGGAGAGUGGAAAAUUAGGGAAGCUAAAGCCUUGCAAGAUAAAGCGUUGGCAGCUAAAGCCUCAGCAUUUCGUAGGCUUUCAGCAUGUGAAAGUAUGGGCUCUGCAAAAGCAAUUUGCAGUGAUGAGACUGGAACAUUGACAAGGAAUCAGGCUAUGCGGUCGGCACAAGAGAGUUUGUUCUUGGGGUCUUCCAGUCGAAUUACUGCAGUGACCUCAAAUUGGAGCUCCAGUAGUGACUCUGAUGAUGUUGCUAUUAUGGACAGUGCCCCUAAGGCUCGAGAAGAUGCCAAGGCUGAAAACAGCAAUUCAUGUGAUCAAGAAGGUAGUUCUGGAGCUAAAAAAGUUAGGAGCCAAGGUCAUCGUCACAGUGGUGCAAAGGCUGCCAUUCAUGAACAGAAAAAGGCAAUACAACCUACGCCUCUUUUGACUGGAUUGCAAAAUCAUCCCUCCAUUUACAUUCGUCUAGGUCGGCCAACUCCUAUUCGUGGUCUUACACCUCAAAAUGUUUGGAAUCUGGCAUUUGACAUAUGGUCUACUACAGCGGAGAUACGACGCAUUAUGAUUAACUUGCCGGGUUAUAUGUGUGCUUUAGCAGAACGAUAUUUCUCUGAGACUCAUACAUUGCAUCUUGGUACUUUCGAAAUUGGUCCUACACCUUUGGCCUGGACUGUGAUUAUUGGCAUUCGGUUUUGUGGUGAUCCCCUUAACCCUUCAGACAUUACAUCUGCAGAUUGUGCUAAGCUUCUUGGACUUGAGGGACCUACAGGGGUUAUCUCCGAGGGCAAAGUUAAGCUAGAUGCUUUGUGCCCUAGUACUCUGGACUUCAGUAAGGAUCCAACUAACGAUGAUAGAGAUUGGAUGUUUAGAAGGCUGAUUGUGUAUCUUGUUGGUUCUUGUUUUUUCAGUGGGACUGAUUUGAUGGUUCCAAUUCACUUAGUUUCUGCAAUGAGCAAUAUUCAGGAAUCAAUCACGGUUCCUUUUCGGGAUUUUACCCUUUCUUGUUAUUCUGGGCUUAUGAGCACCUUCCCUGUAUGCGACCAGGGGGUCGAUGCUUGGGAUUUGGUAGAGGAUGAGGGACGCGAUUAUGCUGAUUGGUUUCGUACUCACUCAUUGGGAAGGAUAGUCAAAUUGGAGCAGUCUCUCAGAGAUACGUCAGAUAAGUGGAAGGAGAAAUGUCAAAGUCUUGAAACCACGCUAAAGACUGUCCAAGAAGAAAGCCAACAUUGGAAGGAGCUGGCUGAGGCAGUGGAAGGGAAAAGAAAAUUCUGGGAGAACCAGUUCAUUGAUGCCCAGAAAAAAGUUGCAAAAUUAGCGGCGCAAAAGGUAGCAUUUAUAUAA